AUGACCGAAAACACUGAAAAUACGAGUUGGGUUCCUUUACCAAAAUUUGGUUAUGGAUUUGCAAUCUAUCCCUUUACUCCUGGUUCACGAAAUAAUUCUUCGGAUUCAACAAAAGAUGAACCAGUAUCUGAUGGUGUUACUGUUUCUGAUGCUACAUCAAUUUCUUCCGCUAAUUCAAUUUUAAAUUCAAAUUCUUCGAUUACUUCAUAUCAAGUUGCACUUGAAAUAGGUGAUGAAGUCUAUGUUUUUGAGCAGCAAGGAGCAUGGUAUCGUGGCUAUGUUGUUUCUCAAUUACGUCAAACUGAGGAACCGCAAGUUUAUGUUGGAAUUUUUCCUGUUAAUCAUGUUUAUAUUAAAGAGCAUCUUGAUUAUAUUGAAGUACAGGCGGCUGAACUAAAGAGUAAUGAUACCGCUUCAUUGGACAGUGAAAAAAACACUCGUCCUCCUCCACCUUUACCAUCUCUUGAAUGUGGUGAUGAUACGGUCAGUGGGAAAACUGAACCAUUAGUUGAUGAAAUAGCUAGUACCGUGAGAGAAUGGAGUAGUUUGUUACCUAAAUAUUUGAGUGAACGAAAAUAUUCAAUGUUCAGAAAUGUUAAAGAUCAAAUAAAUGAUUUAUUACAAGGACGUAGGCAAUUACUUGCUCAAACUCUAUCUCAAGAUGAAUUAAGUAAAUUGAGAAAAGAACUAAUUAAUAAACUUGUUGCUGGUAACUUGAUUCAAGAGUUAGAUAUUAUUGUAAGAGAUCCGGAAAGAGGUUUCCUUGCUGAUGAGACAAAUAUAUCUGCUAUUCCGAGUCCUUUACAAUCUUUACAUAAUCCCACACCAACUGACUCAACUAGUCAUAUACCAAAGUUUUAUCACGUUUUUUUGGAUUUAAAAGCUUGGGUUGCAUCAAUAUGCUCUCCUGGUGAAUUCACCGAACUUUAUUUUUCUUUAUAUACAAAAGUUGAUUCACGAUUUAUAACAGAAGAAUAUCUUAUUGUGCUUAAUCAUAACGGUGUACCGAAAGACGAAUCCAAGAUUGGAAAAAUUAGGACCCUUUUUACUGACCUUUCUCCUCAUGAUAUUCAAGAUCAAGUUUAUUUACUUUGUAGAAUCGUAAGAACUGGAAGUAUGAAAAUGAUUGAUAAAGAUGUGUCCAAAGAAUCCGGUGCAGUGACAUCAUUAUUUUCAAAGACUUCAAAAGAUUCGGAUAAUACGGAUCAAAUUUCACUACAUUCUAAUGCGAAAUUCUCACCGCAGACAUUUCGUCGACCAUUUGGCUGUGCAGUUCUCGAUAUUAGUCAUCUUCUUCAAGGAAAAGAAAAAGAAACUUUUAGUGAACAU